AUGAACAUCCGCAAUGCUGUGCCGCAGGACCUGAUGAACAUGCAGCACUGCAACCUCCUCUGCCUGCCCGAGAACUACCAGAUGAAAUACUACUUCUACCAUGGGCUGUCCUGGCCACAGCUCUCAUACAUUGCUGAGGACGAGGAUGGGAAGAUUGUGGGCUACAUCCUGGCCAAGAUGGAGGAGGACUCCGACGAUCCCCCGCACGGCCACAUCACCUCCCUGGCAGUGAAGCGCUCGCACCGGCGCCUCGGCCUGGCCCAGAAGUUAAUGGACCAGGCCUCCCGGGCCAUGAUUGAGAACUUCGGCGCCAAGUACGUCUCCCUGCACGUCCGGAAGAGUAACCGGGCCGCCCUGCACCUGUACUCGGACACCCUCAACUUCCAGGUGAGUGAGGUGGAACCCAAAUACUACGCGGACGGCGAAGACGCGUAUGCCAUGAAGCGGGACCUCUCGCAGAUGGCCGAGGAGCUGAGGCGGCCGCUGGAGCUGAAGAAGGGCCGGUCUGCGGAGCUGGGCCCCAGGGAGAUCCAGGCGACCCCCGAGAGCACGCUUCCGGGAUCGGAGCUGCCCUGUCUGCAGAGGAAGAAGCCGCUCACGGGCAGCUGUGGCAGUGACAGCAGGGAGUCCAGCGAGUCCACCGACAGCCCCGGUGCCCAGGACAGCCCCGAAGACUCGGACUCCACCUCCUAG